UAAUGAUCGUAUUGAUGAUUUCAUUGAUGUAAUAUGCAUUAACAUAUGAGCUUGAUGUAAAUACAUUCUCAAAUUAUUUGGAUGUCUAAAAUAGGCAUUUGCAUCUAGAAUGGUUAUUAAAUAUGGACAAAAAAUAUAUCAAUGCUACUUCAACUUAUAAAUUUUAAGUUAUUGGUCGUUCAAUUAAUAAAGUAUGAAAUUUGAUGUAUUAUAGAUAACUUUGGAUAUCUAUAAGUUAAAUAUUUAUUCAACAUAUCUUUACAAUGGACUAUCACUUCAACAUACAAUUGACAAUCCUUAUGCAGACUCUGAUCAAGGCUAGCGAUUGAAUAUUCAAUUAGAUAAGACUUACUAUAAAGGAUAAUAUAUAGAAUUAUCUAUAAAAUACUCUAUUGAUUCAAGAUCUAGAUCAAUUAGUUUUAUGACAAAAGAGUAAACAUCAACUAAAAGUACUAAUCAUUUAAAAUAGAAAAGCCAUGCCCUAUUUAUUUUCAUAAUGUGAAGAUGCAAACUGUAGAGCUUUGGCUCCUUUAUAAGAUACUCCUUCAGUUAAAUAAACUUACACUGCAACAGUGAUAUUUAAAGAUACAGAAGCUGCAGAUGUAUUUAUGUCAGCAGAUGAAAGUAAAGAAGAAUUCCAAGUUCUUUAUAGACCUUAAGAUUAAGCUGGUUUUACAUGGAAAUAUAAAUAUUUUAUUUAAAAAGUUCCAAUUCCUAGUUAUUUGAUUGCAAUAGUUGCAGGUAAUAUUAAGAAAGUACCAACAAGUACUGGAGGUAGAACAUUUUUGGUGAGUGAGCCUGACAAAAUAUAAGCAUACACAGAUGAACUUAGGGAAAUGGAAAAAUUUAUGUAGGCCAUUGAACAAUAUAUUGGUCCAUACACUUGGGGAACAUACACUUUAGUAAUUUAACCACCAUCCUUUCCUAUUGGAGGUAUGGAGAAUCCCCUUUUAACAUUUGCUAAUCCUACAAUAAUGACUGGUACUGGAAGUGGAUUAGAUGUAACUAUUCAUGAGAUGGCGCAUUCAUGGUUUGGUAACACCAUAACAUGUGUUAAUUGGGCUAAUAUGUGGAUUAAUGAAGGAUUUACAGUAUUUCUUGAAAGGAAAGCAUCAUUAUUCCACUAUAAUAUUCCUGAUGAUAUUAAAUUAAAUGCUAUAAUUGGAAAUACAUCAAUGUAUUAAGAUAUGCUUGGCUUUGGUCUUGAUAGUAAUUUUUCAUCUCUUCAUCCUGAUACUACUGGACUUAAUCCAGAUGAUUCAUUCAGCAAAAUCCCUUAUGAAAAAGGAUAUUAGUUUCUAACUUAUUUAGAAUCAAUAGUUGGAGAAGUAGAUUUUCAGUAGAUGCUUAGAGCAUAUUUGGUUUAAUAUAAAUAUUAAUCAAUUGAUCAACAAGAAUUCCAAAACUUUUUACUUAGAUACCUAUAUGAAUAAGGUGUUGAUGAUUAUUCUACGAAGAGAUACAAAAUCUUAGAAAAUUGGAAUAAAUGGGUUUAUUCCCCAGGUUUACCUCCAGUAAUAUUAGAUUUUUCAACUGUAAAACUCACUGAAGCUUAUGAUUAUACUUAAUCCUACAUUACUGCUGAUGGCAAAUAGCCAACUAAAUGGUAAGAUUAUAUUAAUUUUUUACAUUCCUAAAAAUAAGUUUUCUUAGAAGAUCUAUUUAAAUAAGCAUAGAAUAAUUUAUUGAAAUUAAAUGUUAUUGAAUAAAUUGAUAAGGAUUUAAAAUUAACAGAAGAGAAGGAUUUUGAAUUGAAAUUUAGAUGGUUUAGAGCAAUUUUAACAGCUGGAGAUAAAACUAGAUUAACAUAAAUUUCAGAUUUCUUAGGAUCUGUUGGAAGAGGCAAGAUGGUCUAUCCAGUAUAUAGAGCUUUAAAUUUAUUAGAUCAGUAUUAUUUAUAAUUAUCAUAGUGAUUUUGCUGUUUAAACAUUCAAAACUCAUGAAGCAUUCUAUCAUCCAAUAGCAAAAAAUAAUAUAAAGAAUAUCCUAGGAUUGAAAGAGAUCAGUAUUUAAUGAA